AUUUCGGGAUCAUUAGCAUCUGUGCCAUCGGUUCCAGUGGCAGGUAAUAAACAUUGACGCGAAAACCUGCAUGGGGGACUUAUCACUACCAACUGUUUGAUUGUCAUGACUACAGGAUCUCUUACUCCCCAGAGUUGUCUCGACAAUGCAGUCUGAGCCAGUGUCUACUCAUAUGCGCAGCAUCCACUUUCAACACGUCAGAUUUCAGUAACCCCACAGAUGGCUAUGUCUGACCCUUAAAACCGGUGCUCCUUGGCGACACCUGCCCCUGCGUUUUUACAUCGCUGCCUGAAAUCAAGAUCAACUACUAUCCAACAGUAUCCACAGCAACAAAAUAGAUUUUAGGAUAUGUGAUAAGUAGGCCCUUACAGCCACCACUUUCUAAGAUACUAAUCGCAUAAGAUCACAAAGUCUUCUUAUCCUCAGUUCCCAACUCCCACUCCCAACUAUUUUCUCAAGGCAAUUCAUUCCACCCACCAUGCCAACCCUCAAAUCCACCGCCGCUCUCUUCCUCCUCACCCUCGCCCUAGGUGCAUCAGCUCAGCCCACCACUCAGGUCUCCAUAGGGAACAACGCCAGCGAAGAAACCACUUGCGCCGUCUUCAACUGGGACCGUCAACCCGUCUCCUGGGACCAAUACCCGCCUCGCCGCAUCACCGCAGCCUUCAGCUGCCCCAACACCACUAACACCACCAACAAAAACACCGACACUUGCGAAAUCACAGGAAGGGGGGGAUACGGCACCUACUCUGCCGUGACGAACAUCACCGGCCUCGCCGCGGGGCCCUUGACAGCCCUGGUCCAGAAGACGGUCGACAAGAAACAACUGCAGACGAGUAAUUUCAGCGCCCAGGCCAUGGUGUAUGAAGGGGUCGCCCGCACGCCCCUCGCGCCGGGCCAGUCCGCGUACCUCACCGAGAUCGGCCGCAGCUAUUGCUUCACGGGGACGGUGGCCGGCUGCACGGAGGGCGACCACCAAGUCGCCGACGACACGCCCGUGCGGGUGUGUUCGCCGCUGUGGCAGUAUGUCCCAACGGUCGGGAACGUGAUCGUGGCCUACAGCGGAAUAGUGAAUGUGACGCGGGAGCAGGCCGCCAACUUGACGGAUCCGUUUGCCGGUCAGAACGUGACGCUGCCGAACGGGGCGGCGGGAGGGCUGGUUGUCGCGGGGAAUGGGUGGUGGACCGGGCUGGUGGUUGCAGUGGUGGUGGCGCUGAUGGUUUGAUGUCAUUUCUGUGUAUGUUUGGAUCUAUGAUUCUGUUUUUGUAAGUGAUGAGAUGACAUGUUUAUGAUCGGAUUAUACGGGACGUGUGAGUCUGCCAGCUUACGAUGCAAUUGGUUCUGUUAUUCGUUCUUGCAAAUUUGUGAGGAUCAAGAGAACUUGAUCUUCUCUUUUUUUUUGUUUUUUGUUUUUGGUUUUGUUUUUUCUGUGUUCUCUCUUGCCACUGGGGUAUGAGAUAUGUGAGAAUAGAGGCAGUGAACAUGACCCUUGGGAUU